AUGGGGAGAAGCGAAACAAACGCCAUGGUAACAUAUUCUGAUCAUAAGCGGAAACGCAAAUCAGAGGCCAAACCUAUAUCAAAUGGCACUCCAGACGUCACAGCAAAGAGCCCCGCGGUGGUUGAUACCUCGAAGCCAACCGCUAUAUUCCAGCCAAGUAAAGGACGAGAUUGGACAAAACAAUCCCGCAAGAACUCCAUUACUGACCUCGAUAGUUGCCAAACCCAUGAAUUACGAACCUCCAUGGCCGGCCACGUAGCCCGCGCCCUGGCUGUCUUCUGCGUAGACGAAGUCAUUAUAUUCUCCGAUGGAAACUCAAAGAAUCCUGCGAAACGCCAUCACAACCGUACACACUCCUACGCCCACCAAGCCGAUCCCUCACAAAACGAAUACACAGGCGACAAAGACCCGGACCACUUCCUCUUCCACCUCCUAAACUACCUCGAAACGCCUGCCCAUCUACGAAGACUCCUGUUUCCUAUGCAUCCCAACCUAAGGACUGCGGGCACCUUACCCAGUAUAGACCUACCGCAUCAUCUGAGGCCCGAUGAGUGGUGUGCAUACCGCGAGGGCGUUACGCUAGCGGGCGCGGAUGAGAAUGGGACGUUUGUGGAAGCAGGGUUGAGGAUACCGGUCACAGUUGAGCAACAAAUACCCGAGAAGAAUAGAGUUACGCUGAAGUUCGAGCCUGGUGCGAAAGCGGCUUCAAAGGACGCCACGGCGCAGGUGAUUAGAGCGGAGGCUGUGAAUCCUGCUGAGCCGAGGGAGGAGAGUGGGUAUUAUUGGGGAUAUAAUGUUCGGAAAGCUGGGUGUUUAAGUGAUGUGUUUACGGAGUGCACUUAUGAUGGGGGGUACGAUAUUACUCUUGGCACUUCUGAGCGUGGAAUUGAUGUGGAGAAGCUGUAUUCAGGGGACGAGGAACAAAAAGUGGGCAACUUCAAGCACCUCUUAAUUGUGUUUGGAGGUGUUGCCGGUCUUGAAGUUGCGGUCAAGAAUGAUGGGGAAUUGCAAAAACUGGGAGUAGUGGAGGCGAAUGAUGUGUUUGAUAGAUGGGUCAAUGUUUGUCCAGGGCAGGGCAGCCGGACGAUCAGAACGGAGGAAGCAAUCUGGAUUGGAUUAAUGGGUCUCAGAAGACUAGUAGUCAACAACGAGUAA